CGUUGGCGAGCUCUCAUCAAAGCUUGAUCAACUUUUGUACAUAUAUAUUUGAGUGUAUCAAUUAUAUAUAAAUCGAACAUAAUGGGCUGUGGUACUGUAACAAUAAUGUAUAUGGUGUUCCUAUUCAAUACCUUAAGUUCGGUUCUGGGCCUUGUCAUUGCGGUGGUAAAUUCGCUGGCCCUCAAGGAGAUGAGUUCUGAGGGGAAACCCUUUCUCAUAUUAUUUCUUUUGGUCGGUGGGAUCAUGUUCGUGGUCUCGUUUCUCGGAUGCCUUGGCGCUAUUAAGGCGAAUGUGUGCAUGACCUGGACGUAUGCUAUUACCGUGCUUGCUGCUGGAAUCAUAACCAUCACCCUGUUGUGUAUCCUCGCUGGGCACACCGACGAGAAAACACUGGCCAAAAAUCAAUUGGACGCCGCCUGGGCACAGGAAAAGAACCACACCAAUGCAAUGUCCAUUCUCCAGUCGAAAUUGCAUUGCUGCGGAAUAAAUGGGCCCGGAGACUAUACCGCUGCGAAUCUCACACUUCCCUUUAGCUGCUUUUAUCCCAACAGCAAGACAAAAGUCUACGAAGAGGGUUGUUUUUCCGAGCUAACCCAAUUCUAUGUGCAAGUCCUGAAGGGUUCCAAGGUGGCUGGGUGGAUAUUUCUUGCGAUUGAGUGUGGUACAUUCGUGUGCGCCGUACUCUUAGACGUAACAUUUAAGUAUGGACGACGCCGCUGUCGUACCUUGUCCACUUGAAUAGACUCUGAAAUCUCUUCAAAUUUUGUGUAGAAUGCUCGAGAAUAUCAGUCUGAUUGGACGCGCUUUUGAGUAAUCGAAUAUUUUGGACAAUACUUUUAAAUUGUACCGUGGAUUGCCAAAUAAAGAGUUUUUAUUGUCUGGUAUAAUUA